CGUCCAUCUCUCUCGGACUCGAGCGUUCGUUCUUCUUCCCUCUUCCUCCCACUCUCGCGCGAAGAGUGGCGCCGCGAGCCGAAGGGUCGCUCAGUCUCGGUUCUCGCGUCGCUCGUAGCGGACGUUCUUUCCGUCUCGCGCUCCUACUCCGCGCUCGAUCGGUCCCAUGGAGACCCGCGGGGGCCCCAGGAAGUGCAGUGUAGUGUCAAAAUAAGAGGACAAGAGCGGAAAAACGACUCGAGCGAUCAACAACGAACGAGAGACAUGCAUUCGCGACGUAAACGAACGGCGACGACUCGAUCGAGACAGGUAUUCUGACAUUACGAAUAAGCAGCAUAUCUUAUACGUAGAUAUUCGUCUAUUUAUUAAACGCAUCGUUUGAUUCUCCGUUCGACGUUAAAGAGCCAAAGCAUCGGCUUCGAAAGUGAAACGAAACGACUCCGAAAAAUUUCGAACGAAUUCGGGAGGUAUAUCUACGCGCGCGAAAAAGUCGUUAUUUCGAAAAAUAAAUUGAAGCGCGCUCCGAUGAACUUCAUGCAUUGGCAGUACUGAAAGAUCAUACGUCAUACGCGUAUAUGUUCAUUCAUAUGUGACGUAUGUCAGCUAGUUCAAACGGAACAUAGCUUUAGAAAGGCGCGUUGUUCAUCGUGUAAUCGAUACAGCUGAUCGAGAGGAAGGAAUCGCGUACAACUUCAAGUAUCGGCUUGUCGACAUCGAUCUUACGCGAAAAGUGAUCAUCGAGAGUUACGUGAGUUGCGUUAUUAAAGUGCACACGUGAGAAUUUCUCAGAAGAAAGUCGCGUUCGGCCUUGGAAAUUUGCGAAAGGCGCGAGGAAGACGCGAAAUAUUACAAGAUUGCCAAGAGAAAGAGAGAGCAAGAAAGUGAGACUGGGGAGAAAGGAGCAGAAGAGCAGAAGCAAGGUUAGGAAUUCUUUUGGGAUGUCGACGUACAGGAGGUGGAUCUUGUGGCCGGCGAGGACGCGUUUUCGACACAUCACAAAACCGCCGACGAUCCAUCGCAGCUGAUUGUAAAAUUCUAUUUAUGAUCGACCACGAUUGAUCGCGUUAUCGCGGAACUUUCUUCCGGUGAUUUGCGCCUCGACGCUUUUAUAUCUCGUUUGGCGAACGUGCGAGAGAAAGAGAAGAAUUUCGCUAUCGCUCUCGGUGUCGUAACGCAGCACGAGUAACCUGGAAUUAUUCUCGGGAGAUUCGGAAAAGGAGCAGCAGCCAUGGACUGGAGGAAGGUCGCAUUGGCAUUUUUAUUGAUCACAAUAACGAGGCACAGCAGCGCACACGCAGCCCAGGUACCUCAACAGUUGCCGACGUCGACCGCAACGAUAGCGAGCACCGUGCAGAUCGAAUGUGCGAGCGAAUCGAUAAUCGUUCACAUCUCGACGGAGGGCAACACGGACUUCCACGGUCUGGUCUACCCACGUGGGUUAUCGAAGAACAGCUCCUGCCUGCAGGAGUACAGGAGUCAGCCCGCUCCGAUCACGUAUAAUCUGCCUCUUCGAUCCUGCAACACCAUGCCUACUGAACUGGACGACGGUGGUAUCGAGUACUUCAACACCAUCGUGGUGCAGCCACACCUGAAGCUGGUCACGAACCAGGGCAGAGGUUUCCACGUGAGAUGUAGAUACCAGACGCGCGACAAAGUCGUAACGAACGAUCAGACCCACGUGUCCAUGCUGCAAUCUCUACCAUUGCAGGCGACCGCACCGAUGCCAGGAUGCACGAUGAAAAUUUUUAGCGGAGAUCCAACGCAGCAUCACGUGGCGGAGAACGUAAAGAUCGGCGAUCCCUUAACCCUGGUCAUUAGCAUCGACAAACAAGAGAUGUUCGGUUUGAAGAUCUCCGAUUGUCUGGUCCGCGACGGUCUCGGAUGGGGCGAGCAGCGGCUGAUAAACGACGAGGGUUGUCCGAUCGACGGCGAGAUCAUGGGACAAUUUACGUAUAACGAGGACAAGACAGAGGCCAGGGUGAACUUCCAGGCGCACAAGUUCCCGUAUACGGCGAGCGUGUAUUAUCAAUGCAACGUUAGACUGUGCAUCAAGCAUGGCGGAGGAUGCAGUAAUACGCCGCCGCUAUGCAAUUCAAUAGCUAGACGACGCAGGGACACUGUCAACGAUAACGAGCUGAAGAAUGUCGAAGGUUUAAUAGACGGCACCCCGGCCACAAUCGAGGUUUACAGCGGACUGUAUGUCAACGAAGCCUCGGAAGUUUCCAAGUCAGAUUUCACCGACGACGUCUUCAGAGAAAGGGCUAUGGAUGAUCCAAACACCAUUUGCAUAUCGCAAAGGAGCUUCGCCAUCGGGAUCGCCAUCGCUGGUCUCAUACUCAUGCUGGCAGUAGUGGCUGCCAUUUUGGUGCUGCUCGCAAAGAGGCGACAUAAGAGCGUCUCGACUACGGGAUCGUCCAUUUACAGUGGACCCUACACAAACACUGCCUACAGCCACAGUAGCUAAGUCCGCCUCGUUCGGCGCGGGAUAUAAAAGCCUCAUUCGAAGAUCUGCGAUUUUUCGUGGGAUCUAUAUAUAGAUCUAUACACGAAACUUCAGCGGAUAAGUCGGAUCGAUGAAAAUUAAUUUAGACUAAGUUGCUUUCGAUUUGAAGCGACAAUCGAAGCCACUGUGCGCGAUGUGUAAUAAAACGAAACGCGAAUCUCUUGCUCAACUGCCCGCUUUGUACACUUUUUAAUUUCAUGUUUCAUAUAAUAUUCUUAGCUAGCAAUGGCGGUGUUUCCAGAUAUCUGAGGAAUUAAUUAUAGUUAGAUACUAAAUACCGAGCUUUUCUCUUUUCUUUCACACAUCUUUACACUGUUCUUUCGAAUGAGAAACUUUUACAAGAUCUCGAUAAUCUUUAAUGAAGAAUUUUAUAUUCAAGUUCAGAAUGAUGCAAUAUUUGAAUACGUAAACUGCAUAUUUGAUAUGCUAUUAAAAAAUUGAAAAAAAUAUUAUAAAAGAUAAUGUAAUUUUAUAUCUUUAUAAUAAAAGGAAGGAGGAUUUAUACAUCCUCAUUCUUUUUCAGUUUUUUUACGCGAAUACAUUAUUAAGAUUUGUCUGGAACAGAACUGCAAACAAAUUUUUCAUUUUGGCAAUAUCUGUUAGCCUUCACUACACAAAGAAUCGUGCUAAGAUGAAAAACGUUGUGCUUGAGAUAAUAUAAUUCCGUCCAUGUAACGAGUUGUAUAUUUUAGCGAAACUCUUAAUUCCAAUCGCGUAUGUUAACGCAUCGACAUGACUCAUUCCUAUCAAGGGUUAUUUCACUUUCAUAUGUGUAUGUGUGUGUGUAUAUAUAUAUUCAUAUAUAUACAUACACAUAAUAAACUAUACUGUACACUAGUCCGGUAUACGCUGUCCUACCUAACACAUAUCUAUCGCACUAAACACACAACACACAUGCGAAAGCACCGUCUGUCCAGUUGCGCGGUCGUUUUGAUAAUUUAAUUUAAUUAUUUUAGUUAGAUUUAAGUUUAAGUCAACACUUAGGCGUGAACUCUCAAAUAAUUCAAUCAAAUACUCCAAUGAUAUCUUAAUGUAUCAUUAUUUUUCCACGUGCAAUCAUUGAUAUUUCAGACGCCAAUAUUUUUGCGUUUUACCUUAAUGCAAUUUCCAAUUUUACGUUUCUCUCAAAUACAAAUCAUGAGCGAGUAAUUAAUUCUUACAUGAUUAAUAAAAGUAACAUCAGUGCCGAUAUUUCCGAUCACGUAGCAUAUAUAUUAAUUCGAUUUUCUUUAAAUUAAAAAAUUUGCUGUAGCAGAGACAUAAUUGGAAAUAGCAUUUUAUGAUAAAGUUAAAAAAUAUAAUUACAAAAGACGCAACUAAGAUUCACUAAGAUGUGUGCUGGUGCAUUAUAAGCUUCCGGUGAAGCUAUGUAUAAAUGGACUGUUGUCGUCGUAGAAAUGUUAAAAAUAUUUAAUUUUAUCAAAAUGAAAUGAUAGAAAUACAAGUUGAUUAAAAUCUGAAAUUAUAUAUAAAAAGUUUAUACGGAUUACCCGCAUAUCUACGAUGCGAUAUGAAUCGAAUGAAUACAACGUAUGUAAGUGCUCAGUAUAAUCAGAUUUUAAUCCCUUAUAACGCUUAAAUGUUAAUAUUAAUUAGUUUACAUUUAGUCACAUUGAAAUGAGAUGCUGCUCCAAUGUCGGUAUUAAAUUCAUAUAAAAAAAUUACAAAGUAAGAAUGAAUAUCGAAUUGUUUUCUAAUAGAUUCAUACAUUUUCUGAUUUAAUCCAAUUUAUCGGAUUUAAUUAAUACUGAAUAGAAGAAAAAUGCAAACUAAAUACCGAUAUCAUGUAUUAUUUUGGAGCGUAUUUAGAUUUUAAUUGACACAAAGACGAGAAAAAACUUUACUGCCAACGCAGUCGCGUAACUGGGUCCAACGUGGUGGUGGGUACAUAAAAUUUUACAUUUAGAGUGAAAUCAACACGUGUAACGUAACUUGUUAACUCACAAAGCGCUAAUACGCUAAACCGUUGCCGUGCAGGAGCGGAAUGUUGUGGUAUAAUAGUUAUCUGAGAAAAACGAUAAUGUAUGACAGUUGUUCCGAAUGGACCCUAGCGCGUCGAAUAAAACUGCCAGUUCUGUCGUGAAAACCAACAAAUCUUUGUCGAUUGGUCUAAAAAUAUCUUUUAAAUGUGCGAUGAAUACAGAAAUUUGUUUUUAUCCCGAUCGAUCAAACGUUUUAAAGCGUUUGUAGCGCAAAUGAAAUGUAUCCUUUAUGAUGUUAUGAUACGAAUUUAUACACGACAUACUUUUCUUUGAUUUUGACGCUGAUAGCAAAUUGAAUCCAAUUGAAUCGGUGUCCAAUGUUUCUCUCGAAAAGUACUACAUAUAACUUUGAAGCGCUAUAAGAGUCCACGGAAUUUCUGUUGAGGGUCGGAAUCGCUCGGCGAACGGAUCACGCGUGAUCUCUUGGCCGCGCUGUGGCAUUGGUUCAUAGUGAUCAUUGGGGACGAAAAUGCUUGUAGAAAUGCCCGAUAGAAUUUUUUUUUUCAUUUUUUUUUCUUGGUUUACGGUAAACGCGAGUCUCGAUGUUCCCGCAAUGUUCCUCUGGACCUUUGUCAAAAGAAUCUACAACGAAUCUAUGUAAAUAAUGAAAACUUAAUAAAACAUAAAACUGGUAACUG